AGUCCACGUGCCUCUCCCUUUCUUCUUCUCUCUCACGCACCAAUAAGUGGUGGCUUCUAUAUAAACAUGCCAACUUUUGUGACUAGACAUUCGACAAACACACCAACUUUACUUGCUCUAAAAAUCUUGAUUCAAAAAGGGCGACAAAAAGAUACAAAAAACAGAGCAACCCAUCAAAAUCUUCCAUCUUUACCACCUAAAUCCACACAUUCAAACCCUUUUCACACACCCAUCUGUCUCAUUAAGGAAAAUUAAGUCAAAACCACCUUUUGGACUUGCAUGGGGCUAUCAUAUUCUUGCCCCUUCACUGCUUAUACAGAUUUAGAGACCACUUCAAGCUCCAUUAUUUCAGAACUUUGUUUAAAAAAUGAAGAUUCUGAGACAAUUGAAGCCCAUAUGGGUCAAGAAACAGUGCUAGAUUAUGCCAAAAUGAAGGAAAUGUGCACCGAAUUUCCUGAAUUCAACAAUGUGAUGAAUGAGUUCACACAAUCAUCCAUUUUUGAUCUUGGAAGCCCGGAACAUGAAGCGGCUAUUAAGUUGCAAAAAGUGUAUAAAAGCUUUCGAACACGACGAAAGUUGGCUGACUGUGCUGUCCAGAUUGAACAAAGCUUGUGGAAGCUUAUUGAUUUUGCGGAAUUAAAACAAAGUUCUAUAUCUUUUUUCAAUCUUGAAAAACAAGAAACCGCCUUUUCGCGUUGGUCCAGAGCAAGAACAAGGGCUGCAAAGGUUGGAAAAGGUUUAUCGAAAAACAGCAAAGCACAGAAGCUCGCUUUACAACACUGGCUCGAAGCGAUUGAUCCGAGACAUCGUUACGGGCAUAAUCUUCAGUUCUAUUAUGGAAAAUGGCUGCUUUCUCAAAGCAAAGAACCCUUCUUUUACUGGUUGGAUAUAGGAGAAGGGAAAGAAAUAAAUCUCGUCGAAAAAUGCCCGCGAUCAAAACUUCAACAACAAUGCAUUAAAUACCUCGGCCCGAUAGAGAGACAAGCAUAUGAAGUUGUGAUAAAGGAUGGAAAGUUAUUAUACAAACAAACAGGGGAGUAUAUCGACACUACUGGAGAACUUAAGGGGGCUAAGUGGAUAUUUGUGCUAAGUACAUCCAAGAUUUUGUAUGUUGGGAUAAAGAAAAAAGGGUCAUUUCAACAUUCAAGUUUUCUGGCUGGUGGAGCUACAUUGGCUGCUGGUAGAAUUGUUGCUGAAAAAGGGUCACUAAAGGCGAUCUGGCCUCAUAGCGGCCAUUAUCAACCUACACAAGAAAACUUUCAAGAUUUCAUUUCGUUUCUUCACGAAAACAAAGUGGAUACGACUUACGUUAAGAUGGAUUCAGAUGAAGAUAAAGAACCGAUUAGUAAUCACGUAAGAACACACUCGUCAGAAGAAGAUAUGUGCGAAAAACAGCCUUCAGAAAACACGAAUGAUAAUCCAUCAAACGGUCUUAACCUACGCACACUUGAAAUACCAAACAUCGAUGACGUUGUUACAAACAAAAGCACCAAGAUUCAGACAUCCGCAUCAUGUUCUAAAGAUUCCUGCUUAGAGACAAUAUUGGACGGCUAUGAAGCCGCAGAAGACUCAUUCGAUUCACAACAAAACCGCACGUCAUCAAUGCAUGAAUUGUCCGAUGAUGAAGAUGAACCAUGCAUUAGUGAUGAUGUUGUUCAAAGGAUUAGUUCACAUAAAGAAACAAGUUGUUUUCAACUAGGAAGACAGUUAUCUUGUACAUGGAGUACGGGUGCUGGACCGCGCAUUGGUUGUUUGCGCGAUUACCCAACCGAGCUACAAUCACAUGCUUUAGAACAAGCCAAUUUAUCACCGAAAAGUGCCCCUAGCAGCCUUCGGUUUACCAACACCGCAUUAUGCACGAGCCCUUUGUCUUUUGAAAACCCGAGUUUGUUACGAAGAAAUAAACCGCCUUUUAGGACACAAUCCACUCCGUUAGAUAUCGGGUCGGUUUGGGUUACACAAUUAUUUGAUUAAAUUUAUUUCAUUUUAGUUUUAGGCAUUCUUUGGAGGUUGAAAUGUUCAAUCAUGUAUACAGCCUUAGUUUUCUUCUUCUUCUUCUUUAUACACAUUAUAGAUGGAAAUGAAAAUUGUAGAUGCUACGUCUAUUCAUUA